AUGCCCCUCGUCCUCGCCAAUUCAAAAGUUACAAUAAGCUAUCAAAGAAAGCCAAGCAAUUUCAAUCCAACUAUAGCAAACUCCACAAACUUGGUUAAUAAAUAUGACUACUAAUCAGCGAUUUUACAAGGAAUAAUUCCAUCCUCUUUUGAAAAUAUAGCCAAAUUUAAAUUUGUAACCUACUAUGCUGAUCUAAUAAUAGAAGGCUUUAAUUUUACAGAAUAUGAAUUUUCAGACAAUAUUUCAAAUUCAUUAAUUUUAGCAUUACUGUCUCCACAAAAGGGUGUCACCAUUUCAAACUGUGCUUUCAUUCUAAGGCAGAUGAUAUUUAUGACUACAGAAGGAGCUAAUUUUAAACUAUAAAAUUCUAUUGUUGAUGUUUCUAAGAUCAAUAGAUUAUUUUAUCAUUCAAACGAUUAAAAUAUUGAACUAUUCAUGCAAGAUGGGUUAGAAAAUAAUAUCACAAUCUAGAAUAAUACAUUCUAUGGUUAGAACCAUGAAUCCGGACUGAAAUACUUUGUUGAUAUUUAUAUGGGUGAAGUCGGAUAGCUCAAUAUACAUUGA